UACGCCUGCAAGACAAAUUUCAGGGCGAAGUUGGUGUUUGCGUUGAAGCUGCUUCUCCCAGCGCCCGCCACACAUUGAACCGUUUAUCCCCGCGUUUCUCCUCCGUCGCUCUGAGUUAUUAUGGACAACCAAGGUGUUUCGAUGAAAGAGUCCAAAAGAAGAGAGCGCCAGUCCGGUCCGGGCCGUUACAGUUCGCACGAUGCUGAAGCUCUGGAGAACUCGGACUCGGGCAUCGGCCUGUGCGGCUGGCUGCUGGUUGGACUCUCCCUCAUGCUGAUGCUGGUCACUCUCCCCUUCUCCAUAUGGAUGUGCAUUAAGAUAGUGAAGGAGUACGAGCGAGCCAUUAUCUUCCGCCUUGGGCGCAUUCUGAAAGGAGGAGCUAAAGGACCGGGGUUGUUCUUCAUCUUACCGUGCACCGACAACUUCAUCAACGUCGACAUGCGAACCAUCACCUUCGACAUCCCGCCGCAAGAGGUUCUGACCAAAGACUCGGUGACGGUGAGCGUUGACGGCGUGGUGUACUACCGGGUCCAGAACGCCACCCUGGCUGUGGCCAACAUCACCAACGCGGACGCCGCCACCCGGCUGCUGGCCCAGACCACCCUGAGGAACGUCCUGGGCACCAAGAACCUGGCGGAGAUCCUGUCCGACCGCGAGGAGAUCGCUCACAGCAUGCAGUCGACUCUGGACGACGCCACAGACGACUGGGGGAUCAAGGUGGAGCGCGUGGAGAUCAAGGACGUGAAGCUGCCUCUGCAGCUCCAGAGAGCCAUGGCGGCCGAGGCGGAGGCGAGCCGCGAGGCCAGAGCCAAGGUGAUCGCGGCGGAGGGUGAGAUGAACGCGUCGCGGGCCCUGAAGGAGGCGUCCCUGGUGAUCUCUGAGGCCCCGUCGGCUCUGCAGCUGCGCUACCUGCAGACCCUCAACACCAUCGCCGCCGAGAAGAACUCCACCAUCAUCUUCCCGCUGCCGAUGGACAUGAUGCACAGCCUGAUGAAGCGCUGAGGAAGAACGCCGCCCACACACACAUGUUUGCGCAGCUAUCUUUGCGGGGACUUUCCAUUGACUUCCAUUCAUUUCUAACCGUAACCAAAACUCAAUUCACACCUUAGUCCUAAAUCUGACCCCUGACCCAAAAACAGCGUGGCUUCGGUCCUCACAAGGCGCAGUGGGUCCCCACAACGUAGCAUAUGUCAGGAAAGUGGUCCCCACAAGGUAUUAGAAACAAACGUGCUCACACACACACCCACACACACACUCCUAGUCUGUCCUUACAUUGUAACACAACUGUUUGUUCAGAUUCGCUGUCAGAUCUCUCCUGCCAACAUUUACAGUAAUUCUCUGGAGAAUCUGAAAUAAUGAGAGUUACAGCAACAUUUAAUUUCCCUUUGGGAUCAAUAAAGUAUUUUAGAAUUUGAAUUUCCAACGCCGCCAUGACAGCGUUUCACCACGCGAGUCACACAACUAUUAAAUCCAGUAUUUUAACUUUAAAAGGUCAAAACCAGAGUUCCCAGUAGAGAAAGCGCCACGUUAACUGGUGUUAAAAAACAAACUGGUGAUUCUUUGAUUCAUCGCCUUCAGUGCCUUGCAAAACUCUUCACACCUCCUCUUCCUCAUCUGUUCCUCACAUCCACAAACCUCAGAGUUUUAUUAGGAUUUCAUUUAACACACUGUAAAAACACAAAAUAUUACCAAGUAUCUUUGGUUUAGUUUUUACAGUAAA